AUGCCUUCCCAUUCCGCACCUUUCCGAGAACGUAUGGCCGCAAGGAUCCAAACCAUCUUCCGGUCCAACGAUCCCCAAGCCGAGGUACGUCACUCUGUUACCAAGGGUGCUCGGUACUUGAUUGUUUCGGCUCUCGACGGCAAGGAGAGCUGAUCACACUUUCAACAGGGCUACCAACCCGUUGGUACCAGCAACAACAAUUACGGAGCAACUUCCUCGACUGGCGCACCGUUGCUUAACCAUGGUAUGCAAGCCCUGCCCCCCGAUGCGACCAAGAUUGAACCCAAGGUGAGAAAGAGGUCCUAUCCCCCUUCCCCCCCCCCCCCCCCCCCACAUCGAUCCUAAUCCCCUCCUCCCAUUCUUUCCCAUCUUCGAUGGGAACGCCCACUCAAGGUCUGGCUCGCCUCCGAACGCACCUUCCUCAACUGGCUGCGCGUAGCGCUGCUGCUCUCCUCCUUCGCCCUAGCCUUGUUCAACUCUGCCGGACCGACGGACAACGUCGCGAAAUGGAUGGGUUUUGCCUAUGCUUUGAUCGCGAUAUGUAUGUUGGGCUACGCGUAUGGUAUGCAUCGCUUGAGGAGGCAGAGGAUCAUUCAUCGGUAUGCGGGGCAUCAUGGUCAGUUUCGGGGUUCAUUACGUUUUGAACGGAUGAUAGCCGUUGGGAAAGCUCACACGAGCGGAGGACCUCUCUCUCUCUCUUCCUCUUCUAGACGAACUUUAUGGGCCCAUCAUCCUCGUCGGCCUCGUCUUCAUCGCCGUAUUGACCAACUUCAUCCUUCGCGUCAACCAAAGGUAGGUGUCGACGUCAAUUGCUCCACCAACUUCCAUCCACCCCCGCUGACGGAGCUUCAUUUUCCCCUCGUGGGGGUUUGAUAGGGAAACGUUGCGCGACCACCCUACGCCCAAGAACCCUUGGAUCAAUACGGUCGAAUUGGUCAGGAGUGCGUUCGUGAUCAGUUGA